AUGGCGUCUCUCCGAGACAGAGCAGGAAUCCACCUCUUCCUAUCGCGCUGGCUUCUUCGGGGUGAUCAGGGGCACUGGGAGAGACCGCCGCCCAGCAGCAUCACUGCACGCAUGCGCGGCGGCACCUCCUGCGCUGUAGCCACUCCGAGCUCAACUGGAGGUCUUAACUUUGGGACAUUGGGCUCAACAGCUACUGCAACUACAACUACUCCUUCUGUUGGUUUUGGCACUGGACUUUUUAGCUCAAAGCCUACCACAGGUUUUACCUUAGGAGGGACUAAUACAGGAACAGCUACAACUAUUGCUGCAGGAUUAACAUUAGGGGCGCCUGUUUCUACUUCUUCCUCUACUACGGGCCUUAGUUUAGGUUUCAAUAAACCUGCUGGAUCAGCCACACCAUUUGCUUUACCUAUCACUUCUACUUCUUCUGGCCUUGCAUUAUCUUCUGCUCUUACAUCUGCUCCAGCAGCAGGAUCUUCUGGCUUUACAUUAAACUUGGGAGGCAGCACUGCCCCAACCACAACUGUAUCCACAGGACUUUCUCUGGGGGGAGCCUUGGCUGGUUUAGGAGGAACACUGUUCCCAAAUGCAAGCACAGCUACAACAGGGCUUGGACAGAAUGCUUUUGGUUUGACGCUUGGGGCAGCUGCAGCACCUGCUACCACAGUUAAUGAAGGUCUUGGUGGCAUAGAUUUCAGUAGCUCUUCAGAUAAAAAAAGUGACAAAACAGGAACAAGACCAGAGGAUAGCAAAGCACUAAAAGAUGAAAAUCUACCUCCGGUAAUCUGUCAAGAUGUAGAAAAUCUCCAGAAGUUUGUAAAAGAACAAAAACAGGUUCAGGAGGAAAUCAGUCGAAUGUCUUCCAAAGCAAUGCUUAAAGUGCAAGAGGAUAUAAAAGCUUUGAAGCAAUUGUUAUCAGUGGCUGCCAGUGGAUUACAGAGAAACACUCUUAAUAUUGAUAAACUUAAAGUGGAGACUGCUCAGGAACUUAAAAAUGCUGAGAUAGCAUUAAGGACACAGAAAACACCUCCUGGCCUUCAGCAUGAAAAUACAGCGCCAGCAGACUACUUCAGGAUCUUGAUUGAACAGUUUGAAGUACAACUACAGCAGUACAGACAGCAGAUUGAAGAACUGGAAAAUCAUCUCGCUACCCAGGCAAACAAUUCGCACAUAACACCACAAGAUUUAUCCAUGGCUAUGCAGAAAAUUUAUCAAACAUUUGUAGCUCUAGCUGCACAACUUCAAUCAAUACAUGAAAAUGUGAAGAUGCUCAAAGACCAAUAUCUUGGAUACAGAAAAACCUUUUUAGGGGAUGCUGUGGAUGUGUUUGAGGCAAGGCGAGUAGAAGUGAAGAAAUGGCAGACUGCCCCACGAGUUACAACUGGACCUACUCCUUUCAGCAACAUACCAAAUGCAGCAGCCAUUGCCAUGGCUGCAACACUUACACAGCAGCAACAGCCUGCUACAGGGCCACAGCCGACUCUGGGAAUUAGUUUUGGAACGCCAUUCGGUUCAGGUAUUGGCACUGGCUUGCAGUCAAGUGGCUUAGGCUCUUCAAGCCUUGGAGGAUUUGCAGGUAGUGCUGGUUUUGGAAGCAGUGGUCCAGGUGCACCAUCAUUUGGAUUUGGAGCUACAAAUAAGCCUUCAGGAAGCCUUAGCGCAGGCUUUGGCAAUUCGAGCACAUCUGGGUUUAACUUCAGCAAUCCUGGCAUCACAGCAUCUGCUGGCCUGACAUUUGGGGUGUCCAAUCCAGCCUCUGCAAGUUUUGGUACAGGAGGACAACUUCUCCAGCUGAAGAAACCCCCAGCUGGAAACAAAAGGGGGAAAAGAUAAAUAUGGAAAAAGGACAGGGGUGGGCUAGGGUCAGGUGAAAAAAGGACAAUGCAUUCAUUUAGUUCAUUCUGAAAAAAAGAAUAUUUUUUUAAGCUAAUAUAGUAGGUGCUCUGUGUCCUUGGAGAUUUAUAACAUUUUGCUACUUCUUCCCAUUCUGGGCUAAAAACUGUAAUUGUUACAAACAGCUAUCUAUUUUUUGUGAAUCAAAGCUUCUUCGUCUUCUAGAUAUGUACCUCAUUAUUAAGGAAACCUAUAAAACCAUCUAUUUAAUGUAAUGUUAGUAACAGAAUAUUUUUGUCAAUAUGCUUUACACCAUACAGAGGUAUGCAUAUUGGUUUCUUUGUAAAGAGAAAGUAUAUUCUAAUAUUCAGAACCUUAAAUCCAUACCUUCUGUUUCGUGAUAUGGCCUUUUAAAAACAUCAGGGUGGUUUUGUGUACAUGUAUGUAAAUAUAUACAGUACAAAUGAAUACUUAUGUAUAUGAAUAUAUAUACUGCAUUUCAAACCAUGUGGGAUAUUUCUAAGUGUGAAUUUGGGGUGUUCUAUCAUGUCCUUAAAUACUGUCAGCAUAUGCAAGAGCAGUUGUAAUAUCUACUGCAUGUAAGAUAUUGUGGCCUGUUUGGGUUCUCUUUUUUCAUUUCACUUUUCUUUCCAGUCAGAGCAUUAAGGUGAAUUAGAUGUUCACUGUAAGCAUUCUAUAUGGAUUUGUUUCUGAACCAUUGCAAUGUGUCUUUAGAGAGCAAGGCUUCAGAAGUGUUUUUGAGAAUUUUGGAACGGCCUCAGUUGGGACAAAGAGCUUAUGCGAGUAGCUCGUGUAUGCACUCAGUAUAACAUGGGCAGAGAAUCGUAAUACAUGAUACUGCGACAAUCAGGGCAAUGAAGCUGCAGAAAAUACCCUGCAUAUCAAAUUUGUUGCAGCAUCUCCCAUGAGCUUUAUUUUCCCAUAUUGUAAGUUUAUGCGAGUAGAGAUUGCCCAGGCUAUGGCUGUUUUAAAGCAGAUUUACUCAGUUUAUGCGGAGGGCUUUUUCUACCAUCAUGAGGAAGACCAACUGAUCUUAAUCACACCAUUCCAAACAAAUGCAUAUAGUCUCCAAUCUGGAGUUGAUACUUACAUGUCCUAAGUAAACGGCACGUUUCUUGCAACUCACAAAUCAUAAAUGAAAGAUGUUUGCUUAUUAAUAAUUCGUUUCAGACAAUUUCAGCAGAACAAGUCUCACUCUGAAGUUGAGUUUAUAAUAUCGUUGCAUGUUGAGCUGUAUUCCCAACUAAGUGAGUGUUUAAGGAGAAGCAACAGGAAUAUUUAUUGCCUUAAACGAUGGGUUAGAGUCCCAGUCCUUGAACUGUGUUGCUGGCGCUGACCCCAUUUAGUUCCACAGGGUUUGUGCUAGGGCCUUUUUUUUAAGGGUCAGAUUGUAAAUCUCUGCAGCAUGUGUGUACAGAAUUUUGGCAAAGUCUAACCUUUUUACACAGAGAAUAUUUUGUAUAUAAUUCAAGCAAACGUUCACAAUGUGAUUGAGGCACCUUUCAAAAACAAACAGGUGUAAAUGUAUAUAUUCUGGUUUUGAAGUUGGCUGCUUUCAGUUCAGUACUAUUUUUGUAAGUUCUGAAUGUUUUAUGUCAUACAAUAGCAAGUUGUCUGGCAAAUGUGAGUCCUGAAUGUGAUAGAUUCAGAGCCUACUUAGCACAGGGCUUUUCAUAUUGGAUGUGAAUAGCACCAAAGUUUGGAGGGAUUUUUUUUUCUUUUUUCAUUGUGGAAGGAGGAAGCUUUUAAUUUUCUCAGAAUUAAGGAGGACUUAAAAUAAAUUUUGUUUUAAAUUUGUGUUGUGUUGGGCUUCAGUUAAAGUUGAGUAGACCUGACGUAUGUAUGUUACUGCUUUUUACAAAAUUAAAAUGUUAAACCACUGAGUUAUUUACUGUAUAUAAUUUGUGAAGCUAUUUUUUAACUGUGUUGCUGUCUUUGUCUGUGUGUGCAACUUUUUGUUCUACAAAUAAUAAAAUUGUUUGAA